AUGGAAUUGGAAACUGACUACCCAGAUCCUUAUUGUCUUUCCAUGCACCACCUCAAUUUCCAAACAAUCACUUUUAAAUGUAGGAAAUCAGAUGAGGAAACAGCUUCGGAAGUGAAAGGCAAAAUUGUCUCUUCUAACUCCAAUGAGAGCUGUAUCCAAAGGCAGGGAUCAGAGCCAAACCUAAAUGAGGAGAAUGCCAACAAAAGCAAGUUUGAAGGCAGAGACAACAUUGCUAAAUCAGAAUCACAGUUCAGCUCAGACGAAGAAAGCUCCAGAAAGAGGAAAAUCAGUUCCGAGAACACCAGUCAAGUUAGAAAAGGAAAUGAUUGCUGUUUCACUAUGGAAAAGAGACAAAAGGCCUCUGAUGAUAGAAAGAGGAGAAUUGAGAAGAACCGUGAUGACUGCAAAAGAAGACGCCUGCGUGGCAACGAUGGGCAGAGAAUGCAGCCCAGAUCCUGGUACUCAGAAGACAACCCGCCCCCACUUAGGAAAAAUCUGGUGACUUUUCUUCGUGAUAUGUCUGAAGCAAUUUAUCAAGACAUAGCCCAGAUGCAGUCCCAGCAGGUACAUUCCCCACUCACCUGGGAGCAGCUCUCUGAGCUCACUCAGCUCUGGGAGCCUCUGUCCACCAUGGUGCAGGCCUGCUACACCAUGGCCACCCAGGCAGCCAGUGCCUUCCCUGCUGAGGGCUGGCUUGUCCCAGCUUCAAUGUCUGCUCCUCAGGAACUGUCCUGGGAUAAGGAAGAAUCUUAGAGUUCCUUACUGGAUGGCGUUAGGCCCAACUUUGCACUGGUGGGGAGAAAAGAGAUGGUGUCAGUGAAUGAGUACAGCCCUGAUCUAGGGUCAUGUGUCCUACUCUGCAGAGGAGAUACAUUGGGGAGAACAAAUCCUACUACAUCUCAGAAUCUUCUGGAUGACUGGCAGGGAUGA